AUGACGCUGGCGGUUCCACAAUGUCUUUUGCGGUUGCUGGAGGACUACACACUGCAGGCGCUGGACGCCGCCCACGAUGUCUCUGACGAGUUUGAGGAGGAGUUGACGGACCUUACAAGUCGAGCCAUACGCAUUCAGGCUGUGUUGCAGCUCAUUCGGGAAUGUGAGAAAAGUCGUCAUGCGACGUCAUCUCUGGCGUCAUCAAAAGCAAUCAUGCGGAAUACUCCUGAGGCGUUCACACAGUUUGCCCUGCAGGCGUUGGGGCAGAUGUCGAGCGAGCUCACCGGGAUCCCCGCCACGGGUGCAAGGAAGCCCCAGUUCAAUGCACCCUCGUUUGGUUUGCUGCCGAUUGGCAGGCCAGUCUCUCUGUCAGAGGCGGCACUAGAGCUGUUUGCCCACAACACAAAAGUUGUUUUUAGACGGGUAGAGAAGCGCGGACGCGAUGGCGACGCCGUUGAAGGCGAACACCGACAGGAGUCUUUAAAGAAAAGUGUUUUCUCGCGUCUUGCGGCUGAGCAGCGAAAAAGGCGAUUGGUGUUAUACACCGCACGGACGGCUCUAUUCCCUCGAGCGGCGCCUUUGUCUUCACUAUCGGUCGAAGACAUCGAGGAGAACCUUCCGCCGUUUGUACCACCCGCCGUGAGAGAGUUUGCCGCGCUCAACAUGGAGGCAGAGUGUGAGAUGCUGACGGCUUUUUAUCGCGUGGACGCAAAAGUCCAGCUGCUGCGGGAAUUGCCCGGUCUUGGGAGCUUAGUCAGGCAGCUUCGAGAGUCGUUACGUGCCGCAGGCGUUUUGCUUCAGUGUGCGUCUGACAGUAUGAAUGAGGCGGGAGAGCAGCCGUGGUUUGAAUUCCCUUCCGUUUCUGAGGGCGUGAUUCGAAUAGUCGUCAGACAAUCACUUGUGCUGGAUGUCACAUGGGAAUCUGCGCGUGGGGGACAAUGGCGCCUCUUGGCUUUGCAUUGGCUCUUGCGUGUCCAAACGCUUCCGGAGAUCUUGCAAGUGAAAACUUUCUCCAUGCACACAUGUGAGAACGAGGUGGCGAAAGGGCUCUUUUUAUAUGGAGGGUCUCUUCGUGUUCAACCGGCACACCAUGAAGCCACGUUACGUUAUCUCUCCAGUUGUCUUGAAACCGGGCUGGAGAGUGGGUGUAUGGGGGCCCUUCGUGUUGUGAACGCCGUGGCGAUGGAGGUCAUUGAAGCGCAAUGCAAGGUGUUGAGGGAAAAGUUUUUUGUGGGUCCCCUUGAGUCAAAUUUCAUGCUUGACGUUCGUCCGGGAACGCAUGUUGCCAUGACAGUGCAGCUCCCGUCCACGAUGGGAUCGGUACACGGCGGCGCUUUGCAUGUGAAGUGCAAUCUUUGCAUGGGCACGAUUGUUGUGGAGAGGCGAAGGGGAACAGAUACACAGACGAUGCAGCAGACCGAUUUCUACACGGACUCACUGGCACGACUCAAACAUUCCCCUGUUGUGGUUGUGGACAUGGAGUCUCUGUUGUGGCAGUUUGCUUUUGCGUAG